UUUGUUUACUGGUCGAACUACGUCAGAUGCUGCUGGUUUAUCUCUGGCACGCGCGCAGUCUUACUCUACCUUUUGCGGUGUGAACCCCGGCCUUCGCAGCUCCUUCGUUUCCAGACCACUUUACCCCUCGUCGCGCCAUGGCGAUGGCGAUCCCAACGAGCCAACCAAGUGCUUAGUCAGUCGACUAAUCUAUCAGCCCGUUCAAAACCAUGCGCCUCAAUUCGCUCGUCCACGCGGCUCGCGCGCGCGCCGGCGCGCCUACAUGAUAUACGCCCGCCGCGAGACACUCUCCCGCCAUUUGAUCCUGCUUCUCUUCUCCCAUCUCUAUGCACGACCCAAGGAAGCUAAGCUAAACCCGACACCUGCGCGCCUUUGAUGGCCCAUGCCAGUACCGCCACGUCACCGCUGCUCGCCUCGCUCCUCCUCUUCUUCCUCUAUGUCGCCGCGCAGGACGGUGCCCGUGCCGAUGCGGCGGCGGCGCUGUCGCAGGGCCAGUCGCUGGGCGCGGGCGACCGGCUCGUGUCGCCCGGCGGCACCUUCGCGCUGGCCUUCUUCGCGCCGGCGGGGGGCGACCCGUCGCGGCGGUACCUGGGCGUCAUGUACGCGCAGGCCGCGGAACAGACCGUGCCGUGGGUGGCCAACCGCGACGCGCCCGUGAGCGCGGCGGCGGCGUACUCGGCGGCCGUCACGGCGUCCGGCGACCUGCGGGUGCUGGAGGGCGACCGCGUCGCCUGGAGCACCAACACGUCCUCGACGCUGGGGAACGUCACCCUCGCCAUCUCCGACGACGGGAAUCUCAAGCUGACGGCCGGCGGCGGCGACGGCGGGCAGCCGGUGCUGGUUUGGCAGAGCUUCGACCACCCGGGGGACACCUUCCUCCCCGGGAUGAGCAUCACCCUCGACCGGCGCAACGGGGCUGUCAGCCGGACGCUGUUCACGUCGUGGCGGAGCCCCGGGGACCCGGCCACCGGCGACUUCACUCUCGGCCAGGACCCGCUCGGCUCCGCGCAGCUCUACAUCUGGCGGCGGUCCCCGGGCGGCGAGAACAACUUAACCUACUGGCGGUCGGGGCAGUGGGCCAACACCAACUUCGUCGGCGUGCCCUGGCGCUCGCUCUACAUCUACGGCUUCAAGCUCAACGGCGACCCGUCGCAGAGUAACGGGCUCAUCUCCUACGUCUUCAACCCGUACAACACCUCCGAGUACCGGUUCAAGCUCAACCCCGACGGCACCGAGACGUGCUUCAUGCUCCUCGGCACCGGCGAGUGGGAGACAGUCUGGUCGCAGCCGACCACGCGGUGCCAGCAGUACAACACGUGCGGCGCCAACGCCGCGUGCGCCGCCGGCGACAACGGCCAGCCCGUCUGCACCUGCCUGAAAGGUUUCGAGCCGAGGGAUCCGGCGGAGUACGGCAGCGGGAACUGGACGCAGGGCUGCGUGAGGAGCGCCCCGCUGACCUGCGAGACGAACGUGAGCGGCGGCGACGGGUUCGCCGACCUCCCGGGGAUGAAGCUGCCCAACUCCGCCGCCUGGCAGACGACGGUGGGCGACGCGGACGCGUGCAGGCAAUCGUGCCUGGGCAACUGCUCCUGCGGCGCCUACAGCUACAGUAUUGGCACCAGCUGCCUCACCUGGGGCCAGGACCUGGUGGACAUCUACCAGUUCCCAGAUGGAGAAGGCUACGAGCUGCACGUCAAGGUCCCUAAAUCCAUACUAGAUACGGGCUCCAAGACGAGGCGAUGGACGACGGUGGUCGUUGUGGUUAUCGUUGUUGUGGUUGUUUUGGCAGGAUGCGUCCUUCUGCUGUGGAAAUGCAGGAGAAGAAUCAAAGAGAAGCUUGGCAUUGCUGGUAGUAGGGAGAAGACGAGGCUCCCAUCGUUGCUUCCUGUGAGGGAAGCACGACAUGAUUUCUCCGGGCCGAAGCAGCCUGAUCAAGAGGAGGCAGAUGGCGGCAAGAAGUGCGAGCUGCCGCUGUUCCCCUUGGACGUGGUAGCGGCGGCCACCGACGACUUUAGCAACGCCAACAAGCUCGGGGAGGGAGGCUUCGGUCAUGUCUACAAGGGCAGGCUCCCCGGCGGCGAAGAGGUCGCGGUGAAGAGGUUGUCCCGGAGCUCAGGGCAGGGGAUGGAGGAGUUCAAGAACGAGGUGAUCCUGAUCGCCAAGCUGCAGCACCGCAACCUUGUCAAGUUACUGGGUUGCUGCAUCCAGGGGGAGGAGAAGAUCCUGGUGUACGAGUACAUGCCCAACAAGAGCCUCGACGCCUUCCUCUUCGAUCCGGCGAGGCGAGGUCUGCUGGACUGGAAGACGCGGUUCCACAUCAUCGAGGGCAUCGCCAGGGGCCUGCUCUACCUCCACCGGGACUCGCGGCUGCGCGUGGUGCACCGGGACCUCAAGGCCAGCAACAUCCUGCUGGACCGCGACAUGAACCCCAAGAUCUCCGACUUCGGCAUGGCGCGCAUCUUCGGCGGCGACCAGAACCAGGUGAACACGAACCGCGUGGUGGGCACGCUGGGGUACAUGUCGCCGGAGUACGCGAUGGAGGGGCUCUUCUCGGUGCGGUCGGACGUGUACAGCUUCGGCAUCCUGAUCCUGGAGAUCGUGUCGGGGCAGAAGAACAGCAGCUUCCACCACAUGGAGGGCUCCAUCAACAUCGUCGGCUACGCGUGGCAGCUGUGGAACGCCGGCAAGGGGGAGCAGCUGGUCGACCCGUCGGUGCUGGCGGCGGGCGGAGGCGCGGCGGCGCUGCGGUGCGUGCACAUGGCGCUGCUGUGCGUGCAGGACCACGCGUGCGACCGGCCGGACAUCCCCUACGUGGUGAUGGCGCUGGGGAGCGACAGCUCCGUGCUGCCGAUGCCCAAGCCGCCGACGUUCACGCUGCAGUGCACGUCGUCGGACAGGGACGGGCUGCUCCGGGACAAGGCCGACGAGUCCUACUCCGCCUGCGACCUCACCAUCAGCAUGCUACAAGGGAGGUACUCGUCCUUGUCCGACGCGGCGGCGUGCUUGUUGCAGUACUCGAGGACCUUGGCGAGGAUCCGGCCGGUGACGUUGGGGAGCGGGACGCCGCCGUCGGUGCAGCCGUCCUCGAUCAUGUGGCGGAUGGUCUGGGACAGGGUCGCCACCGCCUCCGGCACCUCGAAGUGCUCGUUGUCGGAGCUGAUGAGGGUGACCGUGGCCGCCUUCUCGUCGCCGGAACCCGCCGAUGCCAUCGCGCAGCUGCUUGCUACGUGCGAGUUCCGGCCUGCGCCGAACAGAGCCAUGGCUGCGGGCGGGCGGCCGCCAUUAGCUCUGUUGCUUUCUCUUCCCCUGCUCGUUACUCUCUUCUCCUCCCCUCCUGCCUCCGCGGCCGAUGACACCAUCGCCGCCAACUCAUCCCUCGCCGACGACGAGACGCUUGUUUCCGCGGGCGGGGUCUUCGUACUGGGCUUCUUCACCCCGGCGGGCUCGAUGGCGAGGUUCCUGGGCAUCUGGUACAGAGGCAUCGCUCCCCAGACCGUCGUCUGGGUCGCCAACCGGGAUGCGCCGAUCAAUGGUACCACGGCGAGUCUGGGCCUCAACGCCACCGGCAGCCUGGUGCUCGCUGAUCAGUCAGGGCGUGUGUUCUGGUCGUCGGCGCCAUCGAAUGCGAACGCCACCGGCGCGCCGGUGGCCCAGCUGCUGGACAGCGGCAACUUCGUGCUCCGGGACGACGGCGGCGCGGGGGCCGCCGUCCUGUGGCAGAGCUUCGACCACCCGUCCGACACCCUGCUCCCGGGCAUGAAGCUCGGGUGGGACAUGACCACCGGGCUCGACCGGCACCUGACGACGUGGCGGAGCCCCGGCGACCCGUCGCCGGGCGACUACACGUUCGGGAUCGACAUCCGCGGCGUGCCCGAGGGGUUCAUACGGUACGGCGGCGAGGCGCCGGUGUACCGGAACGGGCCGUGGAACGGGCUGCAGUUCAGCGGCGAGCCGGAGAUGGAGCCCAACAACAGCAACUUCCGGUUCGAGUUCGUCGCCAACGCCAGCGACGUGUACUACACGUUCCUGGUGGACGGCGGUGGCGUCGUGUCGCGGUUCGUGCUCAACCAGUCCAGCGUGCAGCGCUACGUGUGGCCGCCGGGCGGCCAGGCGUGGACCCUCUACUGGUCGCUGCCGCGUGACCAGUGCGACCGCUACGCGCAGUGCGGCGCCUUCGGCGUCUGCGACACCAGCAGCGGCUCGCCGGCCUGCGGCUGCGUGCACGGGUUCACGCCGGCGUCGCCGCGGGACUGGGCGCUCAGGGACAGCUCCGCCGGCUGCCGGCGCAUGACGCCGCUCAACUGCACCGGCGACGGGUUCCUGUCGCUGCGCGGGGUGAAGCUGCCGGACACGACGAACGCGACGGAGGACACGACCAUCACCGUCGACCAGUGCAGGCAGAGAUGCCUGGCCAACUGCUCUUGCCUGGCCUACUCUGCAUCCAGCAUCAAGGGAGGUGACAGCGGCUGCAUCAUCUGGAGCUCGCUGCUGAUAGACAUCAGACAUUUCGCUUACGGUGGCGAGGAUCUGUACGUCCGUCUUGCGGCGUCCGAUCUGCCUUCCAAUGGAGACGGUUCCAGGAAGAAGAACAUAGUAGUCGUCGUUUUUGUAAGCUUAUUGGUCCUUGUCCUCUUCGGGUUCGGCGGAUUCUUCAUCUGGAACAAGCUUUUCAGAAACAGAGGGAGGUUUCAGAGCACGCAGAGGUUCAACUCGUUUGGCUCCAGUAUCCCACUUACUCCGGUCCAAGACAGGAAGCUGGAAGAUGAAUCCGGUCAGAACAAAGACCUUAACGUCACGCUGUUUGACAUGGCAACCAUAGCUUUCUCCACGAACAAUUUUGCCACAUGGAACAAGCUUGGAGAAGGCGGCUUUGGCGCCGUCUACAAGGGGGAACUGGAAGGAGGGCAGACGGUGGCGGUGAAGCGGCUGUCCAAGUACUCGACGCAGGGCUUGGACGAGUUCAAGAACGAGGUCAUGCUCAUCGCCAAGCUGCAGCAUGUGAACCUCGUCAGGCUCCUGGGCUGCUGCAUCCAUGGAGAGGAGAGGAUCCUGGUGUACGAGUACAUGGAGAACAAGAGCCUCGACAACUUUAUCUUUGACAAGGGUCGAUCAGCGCAGCUGAACUGGUCGAAGCGGUUCGACAUUAUCCUGGGCAUCGCACGGGGGCUCCUGUACCUGCACCAGGACUCCCGGUACAAGGUGAUCCACCGGGACCUCAAGGCCGGCAACAUCCUCCUGGACAAGGACAUGAACCCCAAGAUCUCCGACUUCGGCGUGGCCAGGAUCUUCGGCGACGACACCGAUUCGCGCACCAGGAAAGUCGUCGGGACAUACGGGUACAUGUCCCCGGAGUACGCGAUGGACGGCGUCUUCUCGGUGAAGUCCGACGUGUUUAGCUUCGGCGUGCUGGUCCUGGAGGUUGUCAGCGGCCGGAAGAACCGGGGCGUGUACAGCAGCGGCGAGCAGGCGAGCCUCCUCAACCAGGCGUGGAGGCUGUGGAGGGAGGGCAGCCCGGUGGCGCUGCUGGACGAGGCGGUGGCCGGCGCCGGCGCGUACAGGGGAUCGGAGGUGCGGCGGUGCGUGCAGGUGGCGCUGCUGUGCGUGCAGGAGCGGCCCGACGACCGGCCGCACAUGGCGGAGGUGUUCCUGGCGCUGGGCAACCCGGGCGCGGUGCUGCCGCAGCCGAGGCACCCGGGGUUCUGCAGCGACCGGGGGUCCACGUCCACCGACGGCGAGUGGUCGUCCACCUGCACCGUCAACGACGUCACCGUGACCAUCGUCGAAGGCCGGUGA